GGUAAUAUAACAGACUGACAAAGGGAGAUAAUAAUUUCUUAGAAAAAACGAGGGAAAAUCUAAAUAUCAGAAUGGCUUUCUCUUUCAACGGAUCACCUAACUUCUACUCUUUAGGCUUACAAAGGUAUGCAGAACCCAAGUACCUGCUUAAGAUUGACUAUGCCGUGUCUUCCAGGGCAAAGUGUCGGGCGUACCACAUAUAUAUGCUCUUAUGGUGACAUAUUCAACUCCCACAAAAUAUCAGAAGGGGAGUUGAGAAUUGGUAUCCAGUAUAAUGUUUGGCCUUAUACAGAGUGGUAUCACUUUGAUUGCUUCUGGGAAAGUGGUUUCCAGGAGUUUUACCAGGAGCAUAAAGAAGAGGUGAAGAGGCUCAUGAUCAGAAUUCAUGAACUAAUGGAGGGGUUCGACUACCUUGAUGAAGAUGAUCAAAUAAAAUCUAUUGAUGAACUACAAUCAGGAAUUAAUGCCAUGGAAUACAUGGAGAAUGAGGAAGGGUUUGAUUUUUCAGACGAGGAUGAUAAAGAUAAAAAUGUAGAUGAAGAAAAAGGGUCCAUGGAGAAAAAAAACAAAGAAAAAUUGAAUACAAAAACGGAUAAUAAAGAUGUUGAGAAGGAGAAAAGAGAAAACAUAGAAAGGAAAAAAGUUGAAGUUGAAAUUAAAGUUAAAAAAGAAGAUACAAUGGACAGCAACAAGAAAGAUGGAAUUGGCAGUAAAAAGGAAGAUGGAAUUAGAAGUAAGAAGGAAAAUGAAAUUGAGAGUAAGAAAGAUGUAGAUCACACAGAGGAUGAGAGGAAUUGUUGUGCAAAAGACACAGGAAAGAGAAGAAAUUUAAGAAGAAGAAAGUCAUCUUCCAAUGUUUGCAGUUGCUGUGAUAUAACUCAUAGUAGUAGUAAGAUCAAAAAGUAAUGGCAAACAAUUGAACAGUAAUGGCAAACAAUUGAACAGAGUACAUUGAUAACCACCAUGCAGUCAGGGGUACUAAUUGUACAAGAUUUUUUUACUUAUUGAAAAAGUAAAUAUAGAUGUACUACAUUGUACUAAGUUUGUAAAGUACUUAAACAAUGUCAAGUGUAUUUCUUUACUUGUUCAGGUAAACUAUUUCAAUUGCAAAGUUACAUGUACAUGUAUGUCCCUUAGACAUUAGAUUUAGAUAUUUUUGAUUACAUAUAUACAAUUAAAAAGUCAUACUUUCAUGUUUUCUUGAUCUUUUUAUGACUUCUUUGCUCUAAUUGACUUUUGAAUAACCUGUCUUUUGCAGAAUUCUUUACUAAUCAUUAAAGUGUAUAUAGUUUCAUAGACAAUGAAAAUCUCAUUCUUCACUCUUUAUCUUCAAAACAUAUCUUAUGUACAACUCUCCAAGGGUCAAUUUUUAAAAACAUAAGAUAUUUUGAAAUUAGUUUCUUUGUGAUUUAUGAAAUAAAAUGCAAAACUUAAAUAUGAGCUCAUCAUCAUAGAAUUUUUUUUAAAGACAUGUUUUUACAUCCCAAAACUUGAGAAUUGAAGGGAUUGUUAAAUAAAUCUAUAAUUACUUAUGCUUAUAAUACAAGUAAUUUAUUUGUGUAGAUAAAGUUCUUCUUACCAUAUGUGCCAAUUAUUUCAGUAUUAUUGUUUUAUUGAGUUAAAAAAUUUACCAUAUAUUUGUAUAUUUAAUAUAGUUUUUUAACAUGUAUAGAUUAUGUAGAUGAAUUUCUCAUAUUAAGGAAUCAUCUGUAGGCAAUUUUUUAUGCCCUAUUUAGAGGCAUGAUGUUAUUGGGUCUGUUUAUUUAUCAUCCAUCCAUUGGCUCAUCCUUCUGUCCCACAUCAGGGAAAAGUUUUUUGUUAGUUUUUAGUCAUGGUUUGUGUUUGAUGAAGUUGAAGUCCAAUCAACUUGAAACUUAGUACACAUGUUCUCUAUGGGCUAUAUUAUGACCUUUUUAAUUUAAUGCCAAUUGAAAAUUUUGAUGCCAAUUUCAUGGUCCACUGAACAAAGAAAAUGAUAGUGCAAGUGGGCAUCCAUUUACUAUGGACACAUUCUUGUUUUUUUACAGAUAAAGCUUAUGUAAAUUAAAGUUUAAACCAUUUUCCCAAAUGUUAAAUACUAGUAGUAUGCAUUUCUGUGUCAAAAGCAUUGCUUAUAAGUUUUUCAGCAUUUCAUGCAUGAUUAAUGUUAUUUUUUUGUUUUUAAUAUCUAGUCAUUUUAUGCUUUAUUAUGAUAGCUCGUAUGCUUUAUUUUAAUUGUUUGUUUUGAUACUUAUGUGUUAUAUUUAAAUAUACCCAUUAAAUAUA